AAAACAGCGUAAGGUAGUCUAAUUUCUAUGCAUUUCACGGCAUGGCUCUAGUUCCGUAUGUAGAGAAUCCGUUACCUGCGCUUUCCAAACUCCACAAUUCAUCAGCACAGUUUAGAUUUGCCAACCACGAUCUCCGUCUGUCCCAGGACUGGAAAAAGCUUGGGGUAGCAGCAGUUGUGUGGGAUGCAGCAGUUGUCAUGUGCAUUUACCUGGAGCUGGGGAAGGUGGAGUUAAAGGGAAAGGUGGCAAUCGAACUGGGAGCUGGAACUGGACUGGUUGGGAUUGUAGCAGCCCUGCUGGGUGCCAAAGUGACCAUCACUGACAGAGAGCCUGCCCUGGACUUCCUCUCAGCCAAUGUGAAGGCCAACGUGCCCCCAGACUCCCAGAGCUCAGUGAUCGUGUCUGAGCUGACCUGGGGUCAGGGCCUUGAACUUUAUCCAGCGGGGGGAUUUGAUCUGGUGCUGGGAGCAGACAUUGUUUACCUGGAGGACACGUUUGUGCCUCUGCUGCAGACUCUGGAGCACCUGUGUUCAGACACCACUGUGGUGUUACUGGCCUGCAAGAUCCGCUACGAGAGAGACACAGACUUUUUGAGCAUGCUCAAGCAGCACUUCACAGUUGAAGAGGUCUAUUAUGACAAACAAAGGGACAUCCACAUAUAUAAAGCUUGGAAAUUGCCACCCUGGAGGGAUUUGUGACAACUGAGUGUCCCACUGACUUAGUUGUCUUUCAGUGACUGCCUUCUUCUUUGUGAUAUUUUACUGGUUUUGAAUAAAAAAAAACAAAAAACAUUUUAAAAUCACCAAAGAUUACCAGAAACACAUUUAUUACCAGCUGCCAAAAAUGCAAUAUUUGAAUAGCUCUGACAUAAUGCACUGUAUUAUACAAGUUGGUGCUGACAUUUAGAAAUUGUGAAUACAAAAAUCGUGAAAAGCAACAUAAAAAAAAGCACACUAUGUCAUGGCUAUACUUAACACCUAAAAGAAUAUGAGUAUGACAUUCUGUUAAAAUGAAAAUAAACAUGUUGUUCACUGUAGAUUCAUUGUGUUUAUGAUUUUGGUCACACUUUGCAGUACUUUUUUUGCAGGGUGUUCGAUGGGUGCAAUUGGGUCGCACUUGGUGAAAUUUGAUGCCCCACACAACUAAUAACGUCUUGAUCAAUGUGUGAUGAUGCCUUGAUAAUUAAA